GCUAGAACAUCCGCAAUAGUAUUGGCUUCCCUAUAGAUGUGUUGGAAUCUAAUAGUCCACUCCCUAAAACAAACCUCCCUAAUACGUCGCACUAGUGACAGCUGAUUGCGAUCUUCAUCUUCCGCGUGCAGCAGCUCCUCCGCCAUUUUGCUAUCACAGUUCACUAUAACUUUCGAAACACCCCUGCUCCAACAAGCUUCUAACCCUUCAAAGAUAGUCCCAAGUUGAGCAUUCAGAAUCAUACUUUUACCCAGACAUCUUUGAAAACCAAAAAUCCAGUUGUCUCUAAGCACCCCCCCCGAUUGAAGCCCAUCCUUCCAUCAGCUGUACGAACUCAUCAGUGUUAAGUUUCAUCGACAAUCUUGAUAAUAAGAGGUAUAAUUAGAGGUAGAACUUUGAAUAUAUUUUUGCCAUAGAUUUGAUUCAUGGGUGCCUUAGAUUACGCCUUUUUGUUGAAAAAUAACGAAAUUUCUAUUUUUCCAUAUGUACCAACAAACAACACCAAAGACAAUUUCCCAGUCAGCAAUACUGUAUCAAUUCUAUGCCUUUUCCUAACUUGUUGUCUCUAAAAAUAUAUGUAAAAUCAAUUCAUCUUUAAGGUGGUGGUGCUUUAUUGAAAAUUAUCUAAGCAUAUAAAUGCGUUAUGACUAGAAAUUAGGUCCAUUAUUUAUUUUUAACAUUUCUGUAAAUAGUUGCGACGUAUUGGUGAAAUAUUUAUCUGUCAACAAAUUCUUGGUGCUUUCAAAUCAACAUUAUUGUUUGUGAUCAUCAACCCAAACACUUUCAAAUUCACAAGACAAAUUUUCCGUUUUCUUCAAAAACAAAAAAGCACUCACUAGGGGGAAAUAGUAACUAUCAAGCAAUUGUUUGGUAAUUUCUCAAAUGUAAUCCAAGUCAAUGGCGCUUUACAGACACUUCCACUUAACAAUUUACACCAUUCCACUCAUUUUAAGCCCCAAUUUGUUUGUUUCCAAGUCAUUGCUACAUUUCAACACACAAAAAAGACCAAAAUUGUGAUCAAAGCCACAAAGAGAAGUCUGGGUGGUUUUUUUUUUUUUUGCUUCCAUUUUGUGGAAUAUAUGAAGGGAUCUUUGCUCAAUAGUUUAAAGAUCUUCAUCUUUGUUUUAGCCUGGAUGUUUUUCCCAGUACUUGUACUAUCAGCUGUUACCGAAGAUGACAUGAAGUGCCUUGAAGGUGUCAAGAACUCUCUAAAAGACCCAGAUGGGAAAUUAAGCUCUUGGACUUUCAACAAUAAUUCAGUAGGUUUUAUCUGCAAAUUUGUUGGAGUUUCGUGCUGGAAUGAACGAGAAAAUCGCCUGUUAAGCCUUGGACUUCGUGAUAUGAAGCUUUCAGGACAGUUACCUCAAUCUUUACAGUACUGUCGUAGUUUGCAAAGUUUAGACCUGUCAGCUAACAAGCUUUCUGGAUCGAUCCCUACACAGAUAUGUUCUUGGUUACCUUAUUUAGUGACCCUUGAUCUAUCUAGCAAUGAUCUAUCAGGUACCAUCCCUCCUGAGUUAUCAUACUGUGCUUAUUUGAAUAAUUUGAAACUAUCAAAUAAUAGACUUUCAGGGUCAAUUCCAUAUCAAUUAUCUGGUUUAGAUAGGCUGAAAAAGUUUUCAGUAGCAGAUAAUGAUCUCUCAGGUGCUAUUCCUUCGUCUUUUGAGAAUUUUGGUAAGGCGGAUUUUGUUGGGAACAAUGGUCUUUGUGGAGGUCCUCUUAGAAAGUGUGGGGGUUUGAGUAAGAAGAAUUUAGCGAUUAUAAUUGCAGCUGGGGUUUUUGGUGCUGCUGGUUCAAUAUUGUUGGGGUUUGGGGUCUGGUGGUGGCAGCAUUUGAGAUGGAUCAAGAGGAAGAAGAAAGGGUAUAUCGGAGGAUCUAGUGAUAGUAAUUGGGCUGAGAGAUUGAGAGCUCAUAAAUUGAUUCAAGUUUCAUUGUUUCAAAAGCCACUUGUGAAACUUAAGUUGGGUGAUUUAAUGGCUGCCACAAACAAUUUCAAUGCAGAAAACAUAUUAGUUUCAACCAGGAUGGGAACUACAUAUAAAGCAAUGCUUCCUGAUGGAUCAGCCCUUGCAAUCAAGAGACUUACAACUUGUAAACUUAAUGAGAAACAGUUUCAUUGGGAGAUGAAUAGAUUAGGCCAACUUAGACAUCCAAAUUUAACUCCCCUUUUGGGAUUUUGUGUUGUGGAAGAUGAAAAACUACUUGUUUAUAAACAUAUGUCCAAUGGGACUCUUUAUUCUUUGUUGCAUGGUAGGGGUGGUGACAUGGAUUGGCCAACUAGGUUCAAGAUUGGUUUGGGUGCAGCAAGGGGUCUAGCUUGGUUACACCAUGGAUGUCAUCCUCCAUUUCUGCAGCAGAACAUCUGCUCCAAUGUGAUUCUCGUCGACGAGGACUUGGAUGCUCGGUUAAUGGACUUUGGAUUAGCAGGGCUCAUGACUUCAUCAGAUGUUAAUGAGACUAGUUUUAUGAAAUCGGAUCUAGGCGAAUUCGGUUACAUAGCACCAGAGUAUUCAAGCACGAUGGUUGCUUCACUUAAAGGCGAUGUCUACGGAUUCGGUGUUGUUCUUCUCGAAUUGGUAACUAGGCAAAAACCACUACAAGUCAAUACAGGUGAAGAAGGAUUCAAAGGUCAUUUGGUGGAUUGGAUAAAUCAUCUGUCGAACUCGGGAAGAAUCGAGGACGCCAUUGACAAGGAUGUUAUCGGAAAAGGCCAUGAUGAGCAAAUCUCAGAGUUGCUCAAAAUUGCAUGUAAUUGUGUGGUUGCUCGGCCAAAGGAUAGAUGGUCAAUGUUCCAGGUUUAUCAGUCGCUGAAAACCAUGGGUGAGGAAAAUGGUUUCUCAGAAAUGGAUGAUGAUGAUUUCCCUCUGAUUUUCACUAAGCAAGAUACUGAAUCAAUGUAGGACAUGUUAAUGCAUAUCUAAAGGCUUUUGAUAUUAGAUCAUGCAAAUCUCCAAAUCGAUUGCCUCUCUUUGUUAUGUAUGGGUUGUAUAAUGCAAUAAACUUGUUGGAUUGUGUC